UUUGCUUUCAAUACACACGCUGACACGCUAAGUGAGAUAGACAACGGCUUCUGACUAACACACAGUCAUUAUGUCCUCUGGUGGAGAGAAGUCCAAGCCUGCCUCCCAGCCUGAUGGAAGGACUAAGAGAACCGAGAUGGGCACGGGAAACUACAGGAUGUAUGUGUUUGAUCAAGAGAACUUUCAGGGCCGUAUGAUCGAGAUCACCAAUGAGUGCAUGAACGUGUGUGAGAUGGGCAUGGACAAAGUGCGUUCCCUCCGUGUGGAGUGUGGCCCUUGGGUGGGUUGGGAGCAGAUGAACUUCUGUGGAGAGAUGUACAUCCUGGAGAAGGGUGAGUACCCUCGCUGGGACUGCUGGAGCAACUGCCACAGGAACGACUAUCUGCUCUCCUUUAGACCCGUCAAAAUGGAUCCAGAAAAGCAUAAAAUCUGUCUUUAUGAGGUUGGUGAGUUCAAGGGCCGCAAGAUGGAGAUUAUCGAUGAUGACGUUCCCAGUAUGUACACCUACGGCUUUACCGACCGUGUUGGCAGCAUCAUGGUCAGCUGUGGCACUUGGGUGGGCUACCAGUACCCCGGUUACCGUGGCAGCCAGUACCUGCUAGAGAAGGGUGACUACCGUCACUUUAACGAGUUUGGUGCUCGUCAUCCCCAGAUGCAGUCCGUCAGGCGUAUUCGCGACAUGCAGUGGCACCCAGAUGGCUGCUACACUAUGGCCACCAAGUGAGGGUUCGGGAGGAUGAGAAAGAGAGGGAACAAGGGGGAGGGUAAGAGAGGGGGAGAUGAAGAUAAAGGAGGGGGAGGGGGGAGGGCCAAGAAGGAGAGGAGGAGCGCACCACUCAUAUGAGUCAUCUGGGGUAGGGAGAUACUGAGAGAUUGAACGUAUUCUUGGCUUGCCACAACACAAAUACGUAUUGGAGGAAAAUGUGGCAGAUUACUGCAGUUGUUAAGAUUGACAUGGCAUUUUCUAUCUCACCCCUAUUUAUUCUCUCUGUACUCUUUAC